AUGCCUGGACUUGACCCUAAUAUUCUUUUUGACCUUCAGCAAAUGUUACAUAAUAUUAAUCCAUAUUGUAGAAUAUUUAAACAAGUUACUAAUAUUCUAAGUUCAAAUUCAUCUUUUGAUCUUAGAAUAGUAAUUACAGAUAAUCGACCUACGGACCCCAGAUGUUACAAUACUCCGAGUGCUACAGAAGUUGCAGUCAUUAUGGUUAGUGCUGAACAUGAACCUGAGCCUCUACAAUGUGAUAUUGUUUUGCAUUUACGUGAAGGAGAAUUUCAAAGAAUAUCUGAAUUACAUCGUACUUAUGAACCAUUGCACUAUGUCCUUAUGUUUCCCAGAGGUGAAGAUGGUUGGCAUUAUAAUAUACCUACAAGUAAUAUAGAUUUCUCUACAUUUUUAUCUAGCUCUACUGCUCUUGACGCCUUUAUAAUGAAUGAAAAAGAAAUUUAUACAAUACAAACUGUUACUGCGAUGAGAUAUUAUGCAUAUCAACUUCAUUUUGGCUGUCCAAAUGAACCUGUAGUUCUGCAUUUAUUUGGUCGCCUAUUUCAGCAGUGGAUUGUUGAUAUGUAUGCUAUUGUAGAACAAAUGCACCUUACUUUCUUGCGAUUUAAUCAACCAUGA